UCCGCUUUGAAAGGUCGGUAGGGAGUCGAGUUGGCUGCCUCAAGCAGCCGAGUCCACAAUAAACAGCAUAGAGGAAACUACGAAGGAAAGGAAAGAGGAGAGGGAGGAAGGACUCUCCACUUAAAUAAGGUUCUGGUUGAUUUAGGGGUGCUGACAUCCUCCAACAACAUGGGGGAACUCUUCCGAAGUGAAGAGAUGACGCUGGCCCAGCUCUUCCUCCAGUCAGAAGCUGCCUACUGUUGUGUCAGUGAGCUGGGAGAGAUUGGGAUGGUGCAGUUCCGUGAUUUAAAUCCUGAUGUGAAUGUGUUCCAACGAAAGUUUGUCAAUGAAGUACGACGAUGUGAAGAGAUGGAUCGCAAACUAAGGUUUGUGGAGAAAGAGAUUAAGAAGGCCAACAUCCCGAUAGUUGACACAGGAGAGAACCCUGAAGUCCCUUUCCCAAGGGACAUGAUCGACUUGGAGGCCACAUUUGAGAAGCUUGAGAAUGAGCUGAAAGAAAUAAACACCAACCAAGAAGCCCUAAAGAAGAACUUCCUGGAACUGACUGAGCUCAAGCACAUACUGCGCCGCACGCAACAGUUUUUUGAUGAGAUGGAGGACCCCAGUUUACUGGAGGAGUCAUCCACCCUUCUGGACCCCAAUGAAGUUAAUCGAGGGGCUCCUCUCAGACUGGGAUUUGUGGCUGGAGUUAUCGGAAGGGAACGUAUCCCCACGUUUGAGAGGAUGCUGUGGAGAGUUUGCAGAGGAAAUGUGUUCCUGAGGCAGGCAGACAUUGAAGAUCCUCUGGAGGACCCUGCCACGGGGGACCAGGUCCACAAGUCUGUCUUCAUCAUUUUCUUCCAAGGAGACCAGCUUAAGAACAGAGUCAAGAAGAUCUGUGAGGGGUUCAGAGCAACGUUGUACCCGUGUCCAGAAACACCUCAGGAGAGGAAAGAGAUGCUAGCAGGGGUGAAUGCUCGCAUUGAUGACCUACAAAUGGUGCUGAACCAGACAGAGGAUCAUAGGCAGAGGGUCCUGCAGGCUGCAGCCAAGACAGUCAGAGUGUGGUUCAUCAAGGUGAGGAAGAUGAAGGCCAUCUACCACACCCUAAACCUCUGCAACAUUGAUGUCACUCAGAAGUGUCUGAUCGCCGAGGUGUGGUGUCCUGUCUCUGACCUGGACUCCAUCCAGUUUGCCCUGCGAAGGGGGACGGAGAAGAGCGGCUCCACUGUGCCUUCCAUUCUCAACAGAAUGCAGACCAAGCAGACCCCACCCACCUAUAACAAGACAAACAAGUUCACCUCAGGCUUUCAAAACAUUGUGGAUGCUUAUGGGAUCGGCAGCUACCGUGAGAUUAAUCCAGCUCCAUACACCAUCAUCACCUUCCCCUUCCUAUUCGCGGUUAUGUUUGGUGACCUGGGCCACGGGAUGCUCAUGACCUGCGCUGCUCUAUACCUUGUGCUGAGAGAGAGCAGGCUGAUGGCCCAGAAGAACGAUAACGAGAUGUUCAGCAUGGUGUUUGCAGGGCGCUACAUAAUCCUGCUGAUGGGAAUCUUCUCAGUCUAUACGGGCAUCAUUUACAACGACUGUUUCUCCAAGUCCCUCAAUCUAUUCGGCUCUGGCUGGAGCGUCAGGCCGAUGUUUGACGCUCGAGUGGGAGGCAACUGGACGUUCGAAACACUCGAUGGGAAUAAAAUUUUGCAGUUGGACCCAGCAAUAGAUGGAGUUUUCAAUGGGCCGUAUCCUAUUGGCAUUGAUCCGAUAUGGAACAUUGCCACCAACAAGCUGACAUUCCUGAACUCCUUCAAGAUGAAGAUGUCUGUUAUCCUGGGAGUCAUCCACAUGUUGUUUGGAGUCACUCUCAGUCUCUUCAACCACUUGUAUUUCAAGAAGCCACUAAAUAUCUAUUUGGGAUUUAUCCCAGAGAUUAUCUUUAUGUCCAGUCUGUUUGGCUACCUAGUCCUUCUAAUCUUCUAUAAGUGGGUGUCAUACGAUGCACGCACCUCUAAGGAUGCGCCUAGUCUCCUCAUUGCCUUCAUCAACAUGUUCCUCUUCAACUACAAUGACCCCAGUAACAAACCUCUCUACAGAGGACAGAUGGGCUUACAAUCACUCUUGGUGGUCAUCGCCUUGGCAUGUGUUCCUUGUAUGUUAAUAGUGAAAACUCUGGUUCUGCGGAGACAGUAUUUGUGGCGGAAAAACCUGGGCACAGCAAACUUUGGAGGGAUUAGGGUGGGCAACGGACCCACUGAGGAUGAGGCGGAAAUCAUCCAGCAUGACCAGCUCUCACAGCACUCUGAGGAGGAGCCUGAGUUUAACUUUUCAGACGUGGCAGUGCACCAGGCGAUCCACACCAUAGAGUACUGCCUGGGUUGUAUCUCCAACACUGCUUCCUAUCUGAGGCUUUGGGCCCUCAGUCUGGCUCAUGCACAGUUGUCAGAGGUGCUGUGGUCCAUGGUGAUGCACAUUGGCCUUUCCACAAGCAGCCUCGGAGGGUUCUUCCUCCUGUCCAUAGUCUUUUUCUUCUUCGCUGUUCUCACAGUGGCAAUUCUUCUCAUUAUGGAAGGUCUGUCAGCCUUCCUGCAUGCGUUGCGACUGCACUGGGUUGAGUUCCAAAACAAGUUUUACUCGGGCCAAGGCUUCAAGUUCCUCCCUUUCACAUUUGAAAGCAUCCUGGAUGGGAGGUUUGAAGACUGAGAUCUGACUACUCUUCUUCUUCUUCUAUUAAAGUCACUUAUCUCUUGAGAAUCAGUGUGGUGAUGAAUAGUGAUUUUUUUGUUGUUGUUGUUGUUGACCUCUGUCAAAAUGCCAUUUUGUUUUAAACUUCUCACCAUUUUAAGAAUCAGUAUCUAAAUCUGGCACAUCUACUCAGAAAUUACUAUUCAUUCCUCAGAAAAAUAGCAUUAUCUGUAAUCUGUUAUAUGUCUCGUCUUAGUGAAGUCUUUUUGUUUUACCUGUGUUUUAUUUAGUUUAAUAUUAUUUAUGCAAAUUUGUCCUUUUAUAAAAACCUGCAUUUUUUUUUUCAUUUGUGGGAGUGUUGCACUGCAGAUCAUUAUAAAUUAGAUCUACUUACAUGUUGACAGAUGCUUAUUCAGAGUAAAGUGGCUUAAGUUACACACAGGAGCAAACAUUGUAUUUAACUUUCUUUAUAUCUCCUCCACAUUGUUGUAUCCAGGUCGUCUCUUUCUCUCUGUAUCGGCAUUGUUAUUCAAUCGACAUCUUCGUGCGCAGUUCAGUUCAUCUGUUCGGUUUCAGAAACGCACUGCACAUGCAGACACUGCUAUUAGGCUGCAUACUGACCUCGCACACAGAGCUGUAAAGGUCCAAAGGGAAUACAGUUAAACAGUUCUUUGGAAAUUAAGAUGAACUGACUGUUUAAUCCUGUGUUGUGCUCUAACAUUGCCAUAGAUGCUCUUUGUGUUUAUUGAUCUGUUUCUUAUGGAUAUACAUGGAUAGAAUGAAGGGGAAUCUGUAGAUGGAUGUAAAGGUGGAUGUUCUCUAAUAAUCCAACAUACUAAAAAUGAUUUGACAGUAUCAGUCUUUCAUAUUUUUGUUGUUCCAUAUGCUGGUUUCACUUGUUGUGUAAAAUGUUAAAUGUGACAUUUAGAAGGGAGUACGAAAGGCGUACAGAAGACUUGCUCAUAGAGAAUUCCUCUAAAAUUGUGAAGCACCAACAUUGAUUGUGCAUCUCGGUGUCAAUAAAGUGGAAAGAGCUGGUUUAA